CAAAACUUUUUAUAUAAUGUAGAUAAUACCAUUAUAUGUACAUUUUGUAACAUACAUUGAUUUAAAAAUGUGUAUAUUUUUGGGUGAAAAAAAUCUGUCCCUGCAGCUAUUGCCUGGGUGUCUCUGUGAGGCGAUCAUAUACAGGAAUUGAGUAGAGGACAAGCAGGGCUCUGUGCAGGCUCCUGGCUUGUAAAUCAGCCUGAUGUGUGAGCCAGGGGUGUAUCACAGAGCCACACUGAACAGAGCCUUGCUUGUCCUCAGUGCACAGAGCCCUGUGUGGUGGCCCAGUAUGGGAGUUGUUACCCCGUACCCUUGCUUCCCUGUCAGGCAGCCUCCUUAGAGUGUCCCAGGGGACCCCUGCAUCUGUUCUUCUGUAAUUGCAUUGUGGUGGUCGCCUUGUGGAUGUGGUGGUCAGGAUGUUGCUGUGCAGGUUAUAAAGGGUGCUAUUAACCCUUGUCAGUCGUGACGCCAGGGUGAGGGUUAAAUGCUGAGUGUAUUGGCCUAUCACCACCCUUCCCAAGGACGAUAGGUGUUUGCAGAAUAAAGUAUUGUCCACAACCAGAGCUUCGCUGAAAACUUGCAUCAACUUUUACUGAAGAUUUUCUGUAACAUGCGAACAUACAAACAGUCUUUGUAACAGAGUCUAUGAAUAGCUUGGCUGAGAUUGACCGUUGGUCGGACUUUGAGUAAGUUCUUCAGCUUGCAGGAAUUUAGUAUGCGCAGAUCCGCUGGAUAUGGGGUUAAGUUUAGGUCCAGGGUCCUUGCCAGUAAUUACGGAGAAUUUAUAAGAACUCACUGUGUAAUUCAGCCGAGGCUGCAAGGCUUUGGCCUAGUAAUUGUCGUUGUAAGUUGCGGAGGUCCUACCUCAUUCAGUGACAGCAACCCAAGAGAGAGAAUAAUGGCCGCAGCUCCCUUAUAUGGGCAGGGCUGGCCGUUUUAGGAUUGGUCCACGCCAUCUGUCAAUCAGCCUCACAAAGUGUUGUGGGUAUCACAUGGCCUAUGAACCUCCAAAGGUCCUUUGCAUUAACCAUAGAGACUAAACCUCGUCACGUGACCCGCAGGUCCUGCGACACUGGCGCAAGGUUCAAUUUCCGGGCUUUGCGCUGGACUCGGGCCAUGAUGUUUGCCAUUAAUGAAAUAAAUAAACGAAAGGACAUUCUACCGAGAAUUACCUUGGGUUACCAGAUUUUUGAUACAUGCUUCACUAUCUCCAAAUCAGUUGAAGCCACAUUGACUUUCCUCACCGGGCAGAAUGAAACCCACCCAAACUUUCGCUGCAGUGCAGGAGCUCCACUAGCAGCUGUCAUUGGAGCAGGAGGGUCGGCCUUAUCCAUUGCCACUGCCAGGAUACUUGGCCUCUAUUAUUUUCCACAGGUGGGAUAUGCAUCUUCUUGCUCAGUUCUCAGUGACAAAUUUCAGUUUCCAUCUUUUCUCCGAACGAUACCUAGCGACCAAGCUCAGUCCAAAGGAUUCGCUGAUCUAGUCACAUAUUUUGGUUGGACGUGGGUUGGGACAAUAGCAGCAGACGAUGACUAUGGGAAAUAUGGUAUCAAGGUUUUCAAAGAAGAAGUUGAAAAAAAUGGUGUAUGCAUUGCUUUUUCUGAAACACUGCCAAGGAUCUAUAACAAAGACACUAUAGAUAGCAUUGUAAAGACAAUACGUGGGUCGUCAGCCAAUGUGAUUGUCAUCUUCUCAUCAGACAUUGACCUUAGUCCAUUAAUAGAAGCUCUUGCAGAGACUAAUAUUACUGGUAAAACCUAUAUAGCCAGUGAAGCCUGGACAACAUCCGCACUAAUAGCUAAGCCACAAUACUUCUCAUUUCUUGGAGGAACCAUUGGGUUUGCUAUUCGUAGAGCAGAAAUACCAGGCUUUCAGCAAUUUCUCCUUGACAUUCACCCUGAACAUGGGACUGAUGAUCUGGUAUAUGAGUUCUGGGAGGAAGCCUUCAACUGCACCUGGCCCACACAGAGAGCAGCUUUUUAUACUAAUAUAAGUAUAGAAGCAAUUGUGGCAGGACGAAGAAGAAACAUAUCUCCUCGUCUCUGUACUGGAAAAGAACAGUUUAAGGAUAUAUUGAAUACAUACACUGAUGUGUCAGAACUUCGCAUCACGUACAGUGUUUACAAAUCUGUUUACACCAUUGCCCAUGCCCUGCAUGAUCUAGAUGUGUGUGUGCCAGGAAAAGGUCCUUUUCCAUCGGCUGCAUGUGCAAAUUUGCUUGAUUUUGAGCCAUGGCAACUUAUGUACUAUUUGAAGAAUGCGAAAUUUACAGUUUUUACAAAUGAAUCCAUGAAGUUUGAUGACUCAGGAGAUGUAGACGGAUAUUAUGACAUAUUAAAUUGGCAGCGGCAUAACAAUGAGACAUUGUCUUUUGUAAAAAUGGGAUAUUAUAAUUACAAAGGAGCUGGAGCAAUUAAUGAACUUAAAAUAGACAACAGCUCAAUAUUGUGGAACACCCCGACUGGAUUGCCUCCAGUAUCGGUUUGCAGUAACAGCUGUAUUCCAGGUACAAGAAAAGGCAUUCGACAAGGAGAACCAGUGUGCUGCUUCGAUUGUAUUUUAUGUGCAGAAGGAGAGAUUACCAAUGAAACAGAUGCAAGAGAAUGUAUAGCGUGUCCUUCAGACUUCUGGUCUAAUUCUCACAGAAAUGAGUGUGUGCUGAAAGAAGUGGAAUUCCUUGCUACUGAUGAAGCUUUGGGGAUAACACUGAUAUUUCUUGCUGUGUUUGGUGCUUCCCUGGUUAUCGCCUUCACCGUCAUCUAUAUCAUGUAUAGAGAGACUGCCCUGGUCAAGGCAAAUGACCGCAGCCUGAGUUUUCUUAUUCAAAUCUCACUGGUGUGUACUUUCAUGACUUCAAUUCUUUUUGUGGGGAAACCAGAGGCAUGGUCAUGUAUGGCACGACAAACCACUCUAGCCUUAGGGUUUUCUUUGUGUCUUUCCUGCAUACUUGGUAAAACAAUUGUUUUGAUGUUAAGGAAGAGAGCUGCCAAGUCAAAAACGGCUGAAAAAACUACACCGAUAAACUUUAAACCUUUGUAUCAAAAAAUUGUUGCCGUCACUGGCUUAACAAUCGAAGUUGGGAUAUGUACGGCUUAUUUAAUUCUGACACCUCCUUGGGUUUACAAAAACAUGGAGUCCCAAAAUGUCAGGAUAAUUCUUGAGUGUAAUGAAGGUUCCAUAGAGUUCUUGUGCUCCAUGUUUGGGUUUGAUGUCUUCCUAGCCAUACUGUGCUUUAUAACUGCCUUUGUAGCUCGGAAACUUCCGGACAAUUUCAAUGAGGCUAAGUUUAUCACCUUUGGCAUGCUGGUCUUCUUCAUUGUCUGGAUAUCCUUUGUUCCAGCUUAUUUGAGCACAAGAGGGAAAUUCAAAGUAGCUGUUGAAAUUUUUGCUAUUUUGGCAUCAAGUUUUGGUUUACUUGGUUGUAUUUAUGUCCCUAAAGGAUACAUAAUUUUGAUAAAACCAGAGAGAAACACUGAAGAAAUUGUUGGUGGCAAAGCUGCCACUAAUGACAAAAGUGCUCCAGCAACAUCAGCUUCUAUAACUAGUGAGAUAAAUAGUACAACUAUAUCCACUGUUGUGCUUGAUGAUUAAUCUCUACGUAGUUUGACUGACGGCAACAAUGAUACAAAAAUAUUACAUUAAAAGUGGGGUCACACAUUGCGUAUAUGUAGCAUGUUUCACGCUGCGCAAAAUGUGUUGCACA